AAAUUGUGCCACAACCUGACCCAGUGUUUGUUCAAUUACUAGUGACCAACGUCCUCUUUUCUUUUCUUUUCUUUUCUUUUCUUUUCUAUUUCGUUUGUCGCGUGGAUUCGGCAAGCAAAAUGCCAGCGGUUGGUGAGGCAAACCAUAAAAAGCGAAAGUUACCAGAGGCAUCCGAGAUCGAGAUCGAUGUCUCUGCUCCUGAACCUCCAUCAAAAAAAGCUCUGCGUAAAGCAAAGAAGAAAGCUGCCGAUGCUCCACCAGAGACUACUACUACUAGCGAACAGAAGACGGAAGUCGCUGCAGACCACGAAGAAAAUUCCAAGAAACGCUCAGACUAUGGAAUCUGGAUUGGAAACCUAGCAUUUUCCAUUAGUAAAGAUGACCUGCGCAAAUUCUUUACAAGCAAUUGUUCUUUCACGGAUACUACGAUCACUCGGAUACAUUUACCCAAGUCAUCAGAAAAGAACGGGAAAGCGCAAAAUAAAGGAUUUGCAUAUGUUGAUUUCUCCAACCAGAAGGCCACGGCUGAGGCUUUGGGCCUGAGUGAACAACUCCUAUCUGGGCGCCGUGUGCUUAUAAAAGAUGCCAAGAGCUUUGUUGGUAGACCACAAAAGUCUCAGCAGGAAAAUCAGAAGACUGGCGCUACUGGGGCGGCCUCUGGUAACCCUCCUUCUAAGCGUAUAUUCGUCGGCAACCUUGGCUUUGACGCCACGAAAGAGAUCAUCGAGGAACAUUUUGGGAAAUGUGGGUCGGUUGCACAUGUACAAGUAGCAACAUUUCAAGACUCCGGGAAAUGCAAGGGUUAUGCCUGGGUGACAUUCGAAGACAUCACAGCCGCGGAGGCAGCGGUGAGAGGCUUUGUUAUGGUUAAUGAAGACGAGGAAGAUGAAGAAGUACACGGGUCUGACUCCGAAAACUACAAGCAGCCAAAGAAGCUGAAACAAAGAAGGGUAUGGGUAAACCAGAUUUUGGGUCGGCGUAUGCGGAUGGAAUUUGCAGAAGAUGCAACAACAAGGUACAAAAAGCGCUUUGGCAAGGACGGCGAAGGCAAGAAAACACAAACUACAGAUGUUAGUGGGUCAGAACACUUUGACGAUCAGGAUGCAACCGGAAGACAACCUCAACGAUCACGAUCCGCAAAGACUAUGCAGGAAAGGACGGACUACUCAAGAUACGAUAAGGAAACAGUGCAAAAGCUCAGUGGUGCCAUUGUUGAGUCUCAAGGAAAGAAGACUACGUUCGAUUAAAAUAGCCAGGGUUGUUCUCUUCGAAAAAGACAAGAGAGUAGUUCGUGGCUAGUAACGAAUGAAGAUGUUGUUAGUGCCCUAAAGCUCCUCGAGGGGAGAAAAACGAACUACAGGCAAAAGAGUUGUUCAUGACUUCAGCCCAUCCCGAUGGAUCUACUGCCGUUCGGGAAGACUGAAAAAUUUGCAUGGUAAUGAUCAACAGUUUGCUCCUAUGCGGGCAUGGUUGAUCCAGCUGGCAAAUAGAUUUCCAGAUCAUUGAUACCCAAAAGAGCAGCAAUACGUAUCUAAAAUAUGGCAUGAUGAGUGUCGAUAAUAACUAUAUAGAUUGACCUUCUUUCCAAUCCUGCUAACGAGCAGCAGCUUACUA